GGUUUUUCACACUCGAAACACACCCUCAUAGCAGAAGGAACACUCCCUCCUGAAUAAUCUGUCCGUUUCACUUUCAGUUUGGGGUUUUAAGCUCCAUCUUCUCUGUGUGUCCAACAGUUACAGCUCCACCUCAACCUCUGGAAAGAGGAAGGAGGUGAACAGACUGUAUCGAGCGGGGCUUUCCUGCCAAGAGAGGGAGAGAUAUGGCUCACGCAGCAGAAGCAUCUUCUUUCAGCGACAAUGAGCAGGAAGCUUCACAGAGCAGUGAGGACGAGAGCUUAAGCAGUUCUGAAGGGGAGCAAGGAAGAGACCCGUCUCCCACGCAGCAGCCUUGCAGGUACUAUAAUAACAGUGGGUGUAAGAGGGGCAGGAACUGCACGUACCUCCACAUCUGCAAGUACUUCUUCCAAGGUCACUGCAAGUAUGGGAAGCGCUGCCACUUGUCCCACAGUGCUGAAGAAGAUAAUAGUGGAUCCUCCGGUGAAAGACCCAGAAAUAAAUCAUACCAGUGGCAGAUCAGGAAAGGCUCAAGAUGGCUGGACAUCAACAAGGACUGGAUUAUUGAAGCUCAGUAUUCACUGCCCGAAGUCAAAGGCCUGAGACUGUACAACACCAAGUAUGGGCGCAUUUCGAUCGACUUCGGUGAGAUGAAGGUCCGUGGAAAAGAUCUCGGGAUUCGGCGGCAGGGAUUUACAGACCCGCAACCGACGACCUGGCUGUGGUACUACCGCGGAGACACGGCGUGGCACCCGUGCGGGGAGCAGAAUUCCAACUGUUCUGUCACAAGCAAGGAUAUCGAGAGAGAAUAUCAGAAAAAUAAACGUGGGUCCUUCAGGUUUUCAGUAGGAUCAAAAGGCUACGUGAUCAAUUUUAAAGGUGUGCUACUGUUUAUUUUCACUCUAUUGUUGACACUUGAUGUUGAUAUUUGAUCUGCUUAAGGAAGAAUAAUUGUAUAUAUUUUGUGCCAGAGAUGCAUUUAAUUGCUUACCAAAACAACUUGGAGUAUCCUAAUUUAUGCCUGUUUCCUAAUUUGUUUAUCCCAUCUUACUAGAGCAGUUUGCAUGCUAAAGCUCAGUGUUGAAUAAUCUACAUGAAUUUCUAUGUGUAUAAACAUCUCUUGGGGUGCAGGAUGAUGCAGGGAUGCUUUCUUUGAAUAUCAAUCAGCAUGCUUGUAAACCAGGAUACAUACACAAGCUAACCUGGAAUGCCCACAAAUUGCUGAAGCCACACAAAAAGGCUUAAAUGAUUUAAUUUCUGCAUAUUUAAUAAAGCAUAUGUAAUGCCAGUCAUGGCCACCAAUCUUCAAAUAUAAAAAUUGCAAUCAGAUCGGUCAAUUUAUGCUUUGCUAAACGAAAUCUUUAGAGGGAAAUGAAUCAUACAAUUGAAAAAAAAAAUCAAUUUACAGAACGAUAAAAGGUAGGCUCUUGGCAUGGUUUUAGUUUUCUAACAUAAAAAAAUUAGCUGA